AUGAAGAUCCUUCUAGCAAUUGCUGCCCUCUUGGCCGUUGCAGCCGCAAACCCACCACCAAACCAAGCCAAAGUUAUCUGCUACUAUGAAAGCACGAGUUAUGUACGCGAAUCUCAAGCCCGGAUGCUGCCUUUGGACUUAGACCCAGCUCUCUCCUUCUGUACUCAUCUCGUCUACGGAUAUGCCGGCGUCCAUCCAGACACAUACAAGAUGGUGCCCCUCAAUGAGAACCUGGAUGUAGACAGAUCACACGCAAACUAUCGCGCUAUUACGAACUUCAGGACCAAGUAUCCAGGUCUGAAGGUUCUACUCUCAGUUGGUGGUGACGCCGAUGUUGAAGAGGAACAGAAAUAUAAUUUACUGUUAGAAUCACCGCAAGCGAGAACCGCCUUCAUCAACUCUGGUGUUCUUCUCGCGGAACAGCACGGCUUUGACGGUAUCGACCUUGCCUGGCAAUUCGCCAGAAUCAAGCCAAAGAAGCUCCGCUCCACUUGGGGAUCAAUCUGGCACGGAAUCAAGAAGACCUUCGGCACCACUCCAGUUGAUGACAAAGAAGCUGAACAUCGUGAGGGCUUCACUGCUCUAGUCCGUGAACUGAAACAGGCACUCAACAUUAAACAACAACUGCUGUCCAUUUCUGUUCUUCCCAAUGUGAAUGCAUCAGUUUACUACGACGUGCCAGCCAUCAUCAAUUUAGUAGACAUUGUCAACCUCCAUGCAUACGAUUACAAUACACCAACCAGGAACCCCAAGGAAGCUGAUUAUACGGCACCUACCUACAAGCCCCAGGACCGCAAUCCACUUUUGAACGUUGACUCUGCUAUUUCAUACUGGAUUACAUCCGGAGCACCAAGCAAUAAGAUCGUUCUUAGCAUUCCUACUUUCGCACGCACUUGGAAACUAGAUUCUGAUAGUGAAAUAAGCGGUGUACCACCACUGCACACUGAUGGCCCCGGAGAAGCAGGACCAUACACAAAAAGAGAGGGUCUUUUGAGUUACCCAGAGGUAUGCGCCAAAUUGAUUAACCCCAACCACCAAAAGGGAUUGAGGCCCCAUUUAAGAAAAGUCAGCGAUCCAAGCAAACGCUUCGGAACCUACGCCUACCGUCUACCUCAGGACAGCGAUGACGGCCUUUGGGUUAGCUACGAAGACCCAGACACAGCUGGACAGAAGGCUAGCUACGUUAAGUCCAAGAACCUCGGUGGAGUUGCUAUUGUUGAUCUAUCAAUGGAUGACUUCCGUGGUCUCUGUACAGGAGACAAGUAUCCUAUUCUCCGGGCAGCUAAAUACCGCCUUUAA